AUGAACAGAUCCCCGGUCGUCGAGCUUGUGGGUACAGCACCCGUCUAUCAGCACCCCACUGAUGCGGGUGCUGAUUUGUAUGCGGCGGAGGAUGUUGAGAUCCCAUCCCAGGGACGACUCAGGGUGAAGACCGGCACCAAGGUCGCUAUCCCCGAGGGCUGGGUUGGGAUGGUGUGCCCACGCUCUGGCCUCGCUGCCGGGGCGGGAAUCACCGUGCUCAACGCACCCGGCAUCAUCGAUUCCGGCUUCCGUGGCGAGCUCGAAGUGCUGCUGUACAACAGCGACGGGACCACACAUUACGUGCCCAAGGGCAUCCGCAUCGCACAACUCGUCCUACUCCCCUACGGGCAAGCCGUGUUCACCCCAGUCCACCGACUCCCGCCCGCUGAACGUGGUUCCGGCGGGUUCGGAUCAACCGGACUGUAA